GUUGGCAGCAGUGACUACGGGGGUGGCUAAGGAGGCGAGGGUGCAGACAGAGUGGUGAUAGGGAACAUUUGCUUCUUCUUCUGCUGCUGCUGCUUCUUCUGCUUCGCCCUGCUCUUGUCCUUCCUAUGUCUUUUGCAUAAAGUUGAGGCUGACAACGUCGUCUAGCACUACUAUUAGGGGAAACUGCCAUCCUUAAACCCAGAACCACCAGCACCUUCCUACCUAGGCAACUUUCUCUCUUUCUUGUUUACUCUUCUCCAAGCUUCUCUCUUGCUGUCUCUUCCCAUCUUUUCUUGCUCUCUUGUGGUACUAGAGGUAAGGCGAGCCAGUUAAUAAAGAGGUCGUGUUGGGCCAAAGGAGAGAAAUGGGGAUACACUGGAGGGAAAAUUUGCCUAAUAUACGUAUUCGUGGAUGAUGCUGAUACCCAAGAUGCCUUUACACUAACUAAUUGUCAAGCCUUGCUCAAUGUCCAUCCAAUAGGUAUCUAGUUAUAUCUUGGUCCAUAUAAGGCUUUGAACCUCAGACUUUUUUUUACCAGAUAUUUAGACUGGCGUCUACUGAAUACGAGAUAUAACUCUUGGAUAAGUAAAUCUAUAUUUAGUUUUCGAAGGUGGUUUUUACACAAUUCCAUCCUAACUCUGAGACGAUUUUAAUAUUUUGGCUCUCGAGUAUUGCAGGUUACGCUGGACAGAAGAGAAGCGAAUCACAUCAAACAAAGAGACCAAAGGAUUUAUUACCCAUUUAAUCUGGGAUUUGAGCUCUGCAGCACAAACUACACCUCGCCCACCAGAUUAUGAUGGUUUGUUUCGGUAUGCGGCUGAUGGCUCCCUUGCAUAUGACGAACUCUUGACGACACAAGAGAUCAUCGUCAACCACUCUCGGAGGCUAUCUAUUUAAAUACCAUUUACUAAUGUGUUGAUUAUUGAUGGCCGGUGUUCAUGCAUGUCCCUCACAAUAUAGUGAUUGACGAACAGAACAACACCACAGGAGUACUACGCUUAGAAACUAUCCAGUAAGUAUAGUGUAUUAUAUUAUGAAUAUGCACAGGUUUUAAGACCUAUGUUCUAGACGACUACCCAAUGUGGAUGGACCGAAUCGUACUGGGAAGAGAUUAACUCUGUGAAAAAAGUCGUUGCAAAAGAUUUUGUCAAACUGCUGAACUAAAAGCGAACCCGCUAGUCGGUGGCAGAGAGAGUUGCUAUAGUAGCUAUAUAGCUUUGGUAUAUUUCCACCGCUAGCACCGUGGAAACGCUCGAUAAUAGUUAAUAUCACUAACAGUAAGUUUCAGUGAUUAAACCAUCAAUUUAGACAUUUGAAGCUUUGCAUCUGGUACAAUACCCUAUCCUGUCAAUGUUAUAAUUUCACACACUUUUUAGUCAAUUAGCCAGCGUUAGUGGAGUUUCUUCACAGACCUGUGUAUCGGAGUCCUUGGAGGAAUGCCGUCUUCAGCAACUUCCCUACUAAGUCACUCGGGACAUGGUGACAGAAGAGUCUGAAUUAAUCAUAUCGGUUGGAGAAUAGAGGUCUAAUAACUAUGUCAUAUAAUAUGCAUCUCUACUAACCCAAAGUACGAUACCAUGUCUUGCUGACAUUUCCAGGAAUCGAAUAAUUAAUGGAAGGGAUCACGGAGCCCUGUAUUUUGUGAACUAGAGAUAUAUUAAGAAACCGAGACAUGGAGUGAUGCAAUAACGGUUAGAUACCACUGGAUUUGUAUUCAAGCCAUUACCAAGUAUUCUUCCUUCCAGUUAAGUUUGAUCAUCCAGGCAGCAGCAUGAAUUUUAUCAAAGCCGCAGGGAUGCGCAGAAGUCUCUCCCGAGAGCAACCACGAUGCCCAAUCGCUUGUCCAAUGUGUCAUUGAUUCUUUUUCAAUGCUGAUUAUGGAGGGUAUAGUGCCUGAUUUAUUCAAUUAAUUUUGGAUAAAUCUUUUGAAACUUUGAGGGUCACCAAGUGGCUUUGAAGGCGCAUCGUGCCCCUGUGGAGUUUUGACGCUCGUAUACGAAUAGAAUACCAGAGACGAGUCAUUGGGAGCCCCUUUACAACGCUUGAAACUGUUGCCUAAAGUUUAAAUGGGGCCUAAAAUUUAACCCUUGGUUAAUUCAGACACCAACUCCACCCAGAAACAGAUACCUAACGGCUAGUUCCUGUUGGACUUACAAUCCACUCUGAUGUAACCCGUACACAUUACCAGUGGUUCCGGGUGCUCUUUCCUGUAUUCUUCUAGCUAAAGCUGCGCGAGAAAGAUGGAAGAUGGGAAACAUCUGGAUAUAGCUGUCAUUUUGUUUAUCCCAUAGCUUGAGAAAUGAACCGGUUAACCACUCUCAAACAUACACGUAUCACACGGCUAUUUUUAUAAACAGCGCCUCGUGCCAAGGAUCCAAAAUAUGCGGGCCGUACCGCAGCGGCUAAAAUAAGCCAAUAGAGAUUGAGAGUUAUAGGCUUGCACACUAUUAGUAGUUCGCGCCGUUCGAGCUGGGUUAAAAACCUUAUUUAAACUGAUAGCCCUUGAAAUCCCUACCCACUUCUACUGCACCCUCCCAGGGUGAAAUGUACAAGCCUCCUGAUCUGAGAAUGCUUAUCCAAUCAACUACUUGGUAAACUGUCGGAUACCCACUAUUUGCAUGAACUUAUUGCGCAUUAAACGACUGCAUUGCCAAGUAUGCUGUUGAGUGCUUUAUAUCCAACCAUUUUCAUUGCCGCCUUCGUGUCUGCCUGCCAGACUUUCCACAAUCAUGCGGCUGAUACAGUUGUACUUACUCGAAUUGCAUUAAAUUUUGAGCCCCGGGCUCUAAUUAUUCAUUUAUCCCAGUUUCCUCCCAUGUAGAGGUCUAUAUAAGCCAGAGGAACUGCCCUUCGUUGCUCAUCUCCUGUCAUGAAAUAAUCAGAUACUCAAGAGACCCUUCCUGUAUCCAGACAAUUAGCACGCUCAAAUCAUUCAGCAACAACCUUUGCACAAUUAUUUUUGCCAUUGGCCAUCACGCUUUAUUCAUUGAUCAAUUUGUAUCUGAUUUCACUAUGGUUUCAACCAGAGCUAGGUCUAUUCAGAUCCAACUCAACCCUCGAAUGGCUGUCGCUUCAACAUAUGUCGAAGAUACCCCUAAACGUCGUUCUGUGAACAAAUCUGGACGUGGAGUGAUUCCGACCUACGAAAAACGAUUUCGCACUCGUAAAACUGCUACCUCAGGAGUGAAAAAGCGUUACGUUACCCCGACAGCUAACACCAUAAAGGCCACAUCCAGGACAGCAAACGGCAAUAAACAGCUGGCCAAAAAAUGCAAAACGAUCACAGUACACAGUGGCAAAUUCUUGAACCACCUCAUGGAUCACAAAAUCUACUAUGAUGGCUAUUCGGAUGUCCAAGGUCACCCGCCUGCAAAGCCAAGAAAUUGGGACGAGUUGCAGGAGGUUAUAAAGAAGCCCCAUCCUUCUCUUUUAUCAGAGCGCUUUUCCGAUGAGGCUUUUCAAAGUUUCAAACUGAAAGACCUUCGAGCCUUCAACGAGAGGGAUGUCAUUCUCGACUCGCUAUGUACUAUCGACAUGUUCACAGGCGAUCUCAGGAGUAUCUCGAGAGACUACCUGUUCAAUAACACCGUGCCUAUUACUGAUGGCUCUCUCUGCGACACAAAGCCUGACAUUGUGUAUGGGGCUAUUCCCGAAAGCCUCCGCUUAGGAGUCCGAGAGGAGUUACGCGAUAGCAUUGUACCUUCUACUCGAACAGAUCUUCCUAUCUUACCAAAUUUCUUUUUGGAAGCCAAGGGUCCCGAUGGAAAUCCUGCUAUUGCAAUGCGUCAGGCUUGUUAUGACGGCACAGUUGGGGCGCGUGGUAUGCAUGCCUUACAGUCUUACAUUGACAAUGAGCCAGUCUAUGAUGGAAAUGCUUAUACUAUCUCUGGAAUUUAUCACUACGGCCAUCUGAAAUUUUAUUGCCAUCAUAUGGCGCCUCCCACUGAGAAAGAUGGACGCCCUAAACAUAUCAUGACCUCUCUAUGCUCCUACUCUAUGGUAAACGAUCGCGAUGACUUCAUCAGAGGAGCAUCGGCAUACCGCAACCUUCGUGACUGGGCUAAGGAGAAGAGGGACAUGUUCAUUGCAGCUGCGAACGAAAAAUAUGAGGAAUUGAAGGACCAGGCUGCCCCCAUAGAGUCACAGCACUAUGAUGCAAGCUUCGAUACACAGUCCUUCCCUAGUGAUUCCGAGGAGUCUGAGCUCUGAUCUUGAUGAAGAGCUUGUGAUACGCAGUCAUCCUGGUAAUUGAAUCCGGCUAGUAAGGCAUGGAUUGAUACCAUACCACUAACAUGUGGUCUUACAUGUCACAUAUGUUUUAUUUGUGAGAGAUUACUACGGGUUUACCCAAAUGAUAUAUAUAUGGAGAAACGAUUUGAUAUUCAAUAUUUAUACUCAUAUCUACAUGUCUUGUCCAGGAAGGAACGUGCUAUUAAUUUGUUUAUAACUAACAUCUCUGAGUUUUAGAUUCUGCUUCUUUUUUU